AUGAAACCUGUCUUUUCAAUACCUUCAUUAAAGUUUUCCUAUGGGGUUGUGAGAAAAGUAUUUGAUAAAUAACGAUCUAAAUCAGUAGGCCUAAAGGGAAUUAAGCUUAAUGAUGAAGGUGUUCCUAAUAAAACUAUGAGAGAAAAAGGUAUAUUAUAAAUGUUAAAACAUCCAAAUAUUACAAAGUAUUUUAUUGAACAAAAGAAGAUAUUCCUUAAAAAAAUUUAAAUGAAAAUAAAUUAAUAGAUUUAAAUUGGAUAAAGCGAAUCAUAAAUCACAUAAUUUUAGGUUUAUCGUAUUGUCAUGAGAUCUUUAACCAGAGAACUUUUUAUUAAAUGGGAUGACAGUAAAAUUGCAAACUUUGGACUGUCUAAAGUGUUUCCAAUUUCAAUCAAAAAAUUUCCAUCAGAAGUUUGUAUAUAGUAUAGAGCCUCAGAAAUCCUACUUGGAGAUGAUAAUGAAGUAACUAGUGCUGAUAUUUGGGCUAUUGGUUGCAUAAUAGCUGAAUGUUUAAAUAGAUAACCACUCUUUAGAGGGGAUGGCUAAAUUUUUAUCGUAUGCAAUAUUAUGUUUAAGUUUCUUGGAACUCCAUCUAAUGAUAACUAUUUUGGAUAAUCUAAAAUUCCACAUUUCAGGUUGAAUUUUUCAAAAUUUAGAGCCGAAAAUCUGACUUCAAUUAAACCAAUAUUUGAUAGAAUUUAAUAUGAUGAAUUUUAAGAAUAGAAAAUUUUUAAAUAUUUUUUAUCUAGAAUUCGCAACUUUAAAUAUUGA